UCCCAACGGUCUUCUUGAAUCCUCUUUGUUGUCAGCUCCUUCAACAACAACAACAAAGAAACGUUGCAUUUCACCUGUGAUUUCAUUCACUAUAAUCUCUCUCUCUCUUUAUUUUCCCAUUUCUCCUAUUUUUGUACAAACUGUGCUCUAACUGAGUCUUAAACUCUCUUUCUUCUUGCUCCCUUUUGGUUUUUUUUUUUUUUUUUUCUGUAACCUAUUUUUGGUAGUCUUUAUGGAGAUAGCCAUUAUUGAUUGGAAAAGCGUUGAUUCAAGAUUUGUUAAAGAUGAUCUUUAUGAACAUUUUAACGCUCCAAAAUGGGUUGAUUUCUUUGCCCCUGAUGUUCCUGUCGAUGAUGAUGCUUGGUUCUGCAGACCUGAGUGUAAUCAUCCAAAGAUAGUGGAAGAUUUCUACAAAGUAGCUACCCCUUCCUCCUCCUCCUCUAAGCUUCAAAGGUCAGCUAGUGUAUCUGAUAUUCCUCUUGGGGAACGAAAUAGGAGAGAUGCAACACUGAAGAAGAGAGGGCAAAUUCAACCAUCAGUAUCAUUGAAUAAGGACUUGAAAUGUGAUAAGAUAAUUGAAGAUAGUGAAAACCAGAAUCCCAAUUUCGCAACCCCUCCAAGGUUGUUCAGAAGUAAAUUGAUGAAACAAACAAUCAAGUCGAGCGCAGAGAAGAAUGAAAAAGAAGAAGAGAUACCAAAGUUGAGAAGCACUAUGUCAGCUAGGAAUCUAUUUGCUGGUGGGGAUUUGUUGAACAAGGUUUCUGAGUUUUGCAAUGAGCUGAAGAGACUAGUAGUCACCAGGACUAAAGAGAGAGAGAAGGGUAUAGAUGAGAACUUGGAAACAAGUCCACUGAUGGGAAAUAAACCAAAGGCAAAAGAUUGUCUUGUUGAUGAUGAGCAAAGGGAAAGGAAGCCAUUACUUGAGAUGACUAAAGAGACUAAUGAAAUAGUGGCAAAGAGCAACAACAUUAAGGAGAAGCAGAAAAGGAAACUGAGAAAUGAUAAUGCAGAAAAUACUCCAAUAUUUGUGGAUGUGAAGAACAUUAAGCGCAAAGAUGAAGAAAUCUUGUCCCAAAUCCGCACAAAUCCUCCAACUCCUCAGUGUUUCUCAGCCAGCCGUGGAAUUACAAAGGCCACUCCAUCUAAGGCUCUGAAAUCUAGGCCUCUGGAGUCAAGGGGGAUCCUUCAAGAACUGGAACAGAGCAGCAAUGAAGGGAAGAGACAGGAAGAUACAGGAAAAAUGAUGAGUAAUAAUCAACAAGGGCAGAGAGGUGGUCCGAUUGUUGUUGAAAAAGAAGCUGCAAGACCUUUGGAUGUUUUCUGGUUCUUGAAGCCUUGCACACUUUCCAGCUAAUAGAUAAAGACACUGUUGCUGCACAAGUGUUAUUCCUUCAUACUUAAAGUGUCAUUUUGUUUUCCAUAGACAAAUUCAUUCAUUCUUUAUAGUUCUGAUACACUCAAUCAAUCUAUUGAUUUUGCCCCAUUUAUUUGGUCUUUGGUGAUAAUAAGUUUUGUAAGAAAACAGUUCAAAGGUCCGGACUCCAGUGUAUUAAAUAACAUUAUUAAUUUAUUGUUCAUGCUUAUCCUA